CUGGAAAGACAAAAGCCCUUCACAAUGAACCCCUUCCUCGCUUCAUCCUCUCACCCAGUUUCUUCAUUCUACCCGCACUCGCCAUCCUCGGCACUGCUCAAGACACUGACCCAAACCCCCAACCCCGAUCAUCAACCCUCAACAAUGUAAACCGAUCUGUCUCAAAUAACCUUCUUUCCACUUCGAUUACCACGAAGAUCUUUUUCCUCGUUUGUAAUGUGCAGGAACCAGAGCGAGCGUACACGUAAAUCAUCUUCCUCAUCUUCAUCCGACCAUUCGCAUUCGUAUUCACAUUCACAUUCAUCCCCCAACUCUGUUCGCAAUAUUUGACCGGCUGAGAAUACCGCCUGCAUCCAACGCCCAGCGAAAAAUUGGAAUAUGCAGCACAACACAGGAAGUGGGACUGGGGGUGGGAGAACUAGCAUAGUCGGCAUGCCAUCAGGCGUAUACCUCUCCGCAGCAUCCAGCUUUCUCAACUCCCACUCAAACCCCCCAUCCACCUCCAUCUCUUUAAAUCCCCCCCUUUCCCACUCCUCCCCAUCCAACCCCGACUCCAACGCCAACCCCCCAGAACCCCCAGCCACAACUCCCCUCCCAGGCUUCAUCGACCACUACGCCGUCCUAAGCCUGGACAUCCGGGCUACGCCCGAAGAAAUUAAAUCUGCAUACCGCGCACUCCGUGCAACCUAUUUCCAGAGUUCUGCGACUAAGUAUCGAGCGCUGCAGGCUGCAUUUGAUGUGCUAGCCGAUGCGGACGCCCGGAGGGCGUAUGAUGGGUUGUGGAAGCAAGUUAUGGGGUUGCCGGAUUUGGGAAGUGGGAGUGAACGAGGUUUUGGUGAUGGCGAGAUCGGGGUGCAGAUGAGGGGUUUGGAUUUGGGUGAUGGGGAUGAGGAUGCUGCUGAAACUGACGCAAAAAUGGAGGCUGAGAGGAAAGAGCAAGUCAAGGCGUAUAAGCCGCUGAUCGGCACACGGCCUUACCAUAGCUAUAUCCCUAUUUUGGAAGUGUAUGAGGGUAGCAACAGGCAUCCGGUUUUGUCAUGCUGGAGACCGAGUUAUGUGCUGUAUAGGGCUAGGAACUCAAAACCUUGAUGGAUUGAAGUGUGGAGGCCUCUGGAAGGACUCUGCAUUUUUUAUCCACGAUUGGGACCGCAGCAUGAGGGAGAAGGAGUGUCUGCCUGGCGCAGACAAGAACCACGACUUAAGGGUCGGCGUUUCGGCGUCCAGGUAUUGAAAUGGUGUUUUGGUUUGGGUGAUGUAGUACUUCUUCCAUCUAUUUCGCAUAUUGAUGGCCCAUCAUCUCUUUCUUCUUAUACGUGAAGAA